UGACAUAGUGCAUGAUAGGACAGGAAAUGGGUGGAUAUAACAAAUUACAAGGUAGAAAAAAGGGACAUAACAAAUGAUAGGGUAGGAAACAGUUGAACAGACAGGAAGCAAACAGAGAUUACACAUGAUAAAACCACCCACUAUGUCGCAACACGCGAAAGGACAGGAAAUGAUAGAAAUAACAUGAAAUAUGCAAACGCAACAUAUAACUGGCAUAAAACAUGGUGAUGUUUAUGAAACGAGCAUAUGUAACAUAGGACAGGACAUGAAAAUAGCAGACGUUGACAGAAUAGGAAAGAAAACCAGCAUACCCAACACAGGGUAAGAUAGAUGAGCAGAAUAAAUGCGUGAUAGGACAGGAUAAAAGCACACGUGAUACAGAAUAGCACUGAAACAAGUUUAUAUAUCUAAGGAUAGCACAGGAAGCAGACAUAACACAUGAUAGGACAGAAAACAUGCAGACAGUAAGGACAGAACACAAACAGACAUAACACAUAGGACAGAAAACAAGUUGACAUAACACAUAGGACAGAACACAAGCAGACAUAACACAGGACAGAAAACAAGUUGACAUAACACUUAGGACAGAACACAAGCUGACAUAACACAUGGGACAGAAAACAAGCAGGCAUAAAAGACAAAACAAGCAGACAUAAAGGACAGAAAACAAACAGACAUAACACAUAGGACAGAACACAAGCAGACAUAAGUCAUAAGACUGAAAACAAGCUGACAUAACACAUGGGACAGAAAACAAGCAGACAUAACACUUAGGACAGAACACAAGCUGACAUAACACAUGGGACAGAAAACAAGCAGGCAUAAAAGACAAAACAAGCAGACAUAAAGGACAGAAAACAAACAGACAUAACACAUAGGACAGAACACAAGCAGACAUAAGUCAUAAGACUGAAAACAAGCUGACAUAACACAUGGGACAGAAAACAAGCAGACAUAAAAGUCAAAACAAGCAGACAGAAAAGGAAAACAGACAUAACACAUAGGACAGAAAACAAGCUGACAUAACACUUAAGACAGAAAACAAGUUGACAUAACAUUUAGGACAGAACAAGAGCAGACAUAAGUCAUAAGACUGAAAACAAGCUGACAUAACACAUAGGACAGAAAACAAGCAGACAUAACACAUAGGACAGAAAACAAGCUGACAUAACACAUGGGACAGAAAACAAGCAGGCAUAAAAGACAAAACAAGCAGACAUAAAGGACAGAAAACAAACAGACAUAACACAUAGGACAGAAAACAAGCUGACAUAACAGAUGAUAAAACAGAAAGCAAAUAGAUGUAACACAAGAUAGGACAGGAGAAAAGCAGAUGAAACACAUGAUAGGUAGUAUAAAUGCAGCACAGGAGAGCAAACAGCAUGACAGGGCAGGAUUAGAGCAGACAUAACACAGUAUAGGACAAGAAUCAAACACGCGUAACACUUGAUGGGACAUGAUAAAUGCUGGCCUUGCACAGGAUGGGACAAAAACAAGCACACGUGACAGGACAUGAUAAAUGCAGAGAUACCAAGCAGACGUAACAAAGAAUGAGGCAGAAAAAAGACACAACACUAAAGAACAGGAAACAAUCAGCUGGUGCAUAUGGCAGGAAACAAGCAGCAGUAGCAAGAGAAAGCCAUAAAUUUUUAGUGCAGAGAACAAACAGACAUACUCGAUAUGACAGAAAACAAGCAAACCGGACAAGACAGGAAACAAGCAGUCGUAGCAAGCCAGCGUAAGGAAACAAGCAAAUAUAAUACUCGAAUAUGAUAGGACGCGAGGAGAUCUAACACCGGAAUGGACAGGAAGUAAACAGAUAUAAAACAUUAUAGGACAUGAUAAAAGCACACACAAUACAGGAUAGGGCAGGCAACGAGCAAGUUAUACAUGAUAAGAUAGAAAACAAGCAAGCGCAGCACAGGCAGACUCAACAAAUGAUAGGACAGAAAAGAAGCAGAUGUAACUCUCAAUAUGGUAUGAAACCAGUAAACGUGACAAAACAAAAUCAAAAUGUAAAUACGUGCGGACAUUAUUUAGGCAUUGGAAGUAAAAUACAACUUCAAGUAGGCACUACCUAUUUUAGAUAUAUGUGUAGCUAACUGUGCCAAAGUACACAGUCUGAAGAAUAUUUAAAAUGUCAUUUUCUGAAAAAAAAAGAGUUAUUUGAGCUGAAAAAAUAUUCUAGGUAUAAUAUUUGGGAAAAAAAUGGAGACAUCUCCGCUAAAACUUUAUUGUAGGCUUAGGUGACUACUAAGUAUGUACGUAGUACCUCAUGCAAAUCUCUAGGCAUGAAAAAAAACGUGCAUAAUUAUGGAAAAGUUCAUAACUUUGAAAAUUAGAAUAUGUAAUAAUUGUGGCGAACAAACUGAGUGUUGCACUACAGAGUUCUUUCUUUAAUAGGGAAAUAAAUCGGGUCGUGUUACCAUUACAGAUUACAAUUUCUGACGGAUAUUUAACUCGAGUCGGCUCAAGUUGUUUUAAGCAUGUGCUUGACCAUAUUAAUAUAUUUCGUUUCUUCCUGUUUUCGAGUACUAGUACAUAAUGGGGACAUAAUUAUAAUAGGAUGUAAAGUUUAAUAUUCACGCUCAAGUACAUCAUGACAUUUAUAUCACUAAAAACAGUGACAAGGUUUAUAAUUUACAACCAGAAAAUCUUUCAAAAUACCAUACUAUUCACAACUUUUCAUUAGAUUUCAUUGAAUAAUAGUUACUUUUCAGAUUUUAAAUAAACAUCCUAUAAAGAGACUUGCUAAACUAACAUUUCGUAGAUAUCCGAUCUUGACGUUUAACCCUUACCAUGCUAAAUUUCUAUAAUGGACUGGUCCAUCUUCCAAUUUGGGCAGUACUGUUUAUCAUUUGAAGGGCUGUUUACUAAAAAUUUACUGACUGAAUAGCGAACAGUGCAGACCCUGAUCAGACUGCACGGAUGUGCAGGCUGAUCUUGGUCUGCACUGAUCGCAAAGGCAGAACCACUUGCCUACAGCAGGCUAAGGGUUAAACAGUAAAAUGUACAAGUGAAAUAGCCUUAAAAAUAUAUUUGUAUUUUCUUCCUGUUUAUAUGUCUUAAAACCAUUUCCUAGUUCGCCUUGGACGGUAAAUUGACAUGAAAUAUGAACAGUAUUAGGAAAUACAGACUACGUAGUAUUUUUAUUUUUGUGUGCAUAUUUGUUUUUGUUUUGAAGUUUAUACCUUCGUAUUUUCUCAAUGUCAGCGAAAAAUAUCAAUAUUUAACAGUGUUUGAAGGCAGAAGCUUUUCAAAUAGAUCAGUGAAAAAAAUUCUUAUCUGGAAUCCAUUUUUGACAAAAGAAGUACGCGAUGGAUUUCGAACUUGUCUGGCCAAGUGUUCCUUAAAUUGUGAAUUAAGUGAGAAUAAAAAUGACGUUUCUAGAUCUGACGCAGUUUUAUUUCAUGCAUAUGAUUUGUGGCCAUUAUAUAUGAACUGGAUUUAUACUACGCCACCGAAUGUUGAAUUCCCAAGCAUUCGCCAUCCUGACCAAGUGUGGGUAAUUUUUAAUAAAGAGCCGAAUUGUAAUAUAUUCUGGGACGCCACACUACUGAAUGGAAUGUUUAAUUGGACGGUAUGGUAUAGAAGGGACGCAACAAUCUGGUGGCCGUAUGGUAUGAAACGUCCUUUAACAAAAUCCGGAAAGUCUCGCGUGAAAUCUCAAGAUCUCGUUCAUAAUAAUUUCCAGAAUAAAACAAAAGGUAUUGCUGGAAUGAUAAGCAACUGUAUAGAUCAAGCUCAAAGAUACAAACUUGUGUAUGGACUACAGAAGUAUUUACAUGUCGAUAUGUAUGGACAAUGUUACAACAAUAAAUGUGGAAUCAGAAAAAAUCCACUGGAAAGAAAAUGUGAUGACAUGAUAAGAAAAUACAAAUUCUAUCUUGCUUUUGAAAAUUCUCAUUGCAAAGAUUAUGUAACUGAAAAAUACUGGGAAAGUUUACGUAGAGGUCAAAUACCCAUAGUAAACUGGAGGAAUAUAAGCACUGACAUUGUUAUACCAAACUCGUACAUUAACGUUUAUGACUUCAAAGAUAUUAAAUCGAUGUCCAAGUACAUACAUACUGUAAGAAAUAACGAAACUUUAUACAACAGUUAUUUUGGCUGGAAAGCAAAAUAUGAUUAUAAAGAACAUUGUGUAACAUGCGCGAUUUGUCAUGCACUAAAUGACAGAACCAUUAAGGCACAGGUAUACCAUGACCUUGAUGGGUGGGUCAGAGACGAUUCUUGCCCAAAAUUUAGUAUUUUCAGUCAACUUACGAAGUAUAUGCACUGGUGGCUGUACUGGAAUCUUGGAAUAGACAUCUAGCAGACGUGAAUCAUAGAACAGAAAACUAGCAGACGUUACACAUGUAAUAGGACAUGAAAUGGCAGAAAAGUACACAAAAAAGGUUCGGGAUUAAAAAAACAACGAGAGAAAUGGUCAGAAAACAAUCAGACUUAACUCAGGGUAGGAAGGAACAAUCAGAUACAACACAGGAUAGGACAGGAAACAUGCCGAAAAACACAGGAUAGGACAGGAAACCUGGCGACAUAACACAGGAUAGAACAGGAAACCUGGCGACAAAACACAGGAAAGGACAGGAAACCUGGCGACAUAACACAGGAUAGAACA